AUGGACCACCGGGCCGCACCGCAGUCGGACCGCGUUGCGGGGAAGUCGCAGCGUGUAUUGGCUUGCCAAUUGUGCCAGCAGCGCAAGGUCAAGUGUGACCGCAAGUUCCCUUGUGGGAACUGCACCCGCGGGGGCACCCCUUGUGUCCCCGCUACCCUUGUCCCACGCCAACGACGCCGCAGGUUCCCCGAGCGCGACCUUCUCGCUCGCAUCCGUCAUUACGAAACCCUGCUCCGCCAACACAAUGUUCCCUUUGACCCGUUACACCCGCCUGCAGCCAAUAGUGCCGCCACUGCGACCGCAGCCGACUCGUCCCCCAUCGAUACCGCCACGCCUGAUACUCCGCGCACCACUCACUCUGACGCGGUCAAUCAGGAGAAGACCACCAAACCAAGGACAACGAACCUCUGGCAAGCCCUGAGUCAAAACAAAUCAGAGACGGAAGAUGGCAGUGAGGACGGGCUAGACGAUGUUCAGCGAGAUAGUCGUCUUCUGCGUGACGACGAUGACAUGGGCGACGUCAUCAACAAUGUGUGGGAUCGCACCUACAACAACGUUCCGGAAACCAGCCACCAUCUUCUCUUUGGCUCACCCGCGAGCGCAGUCCCCGUUACCACUAUGCACCCCGACCAAGGGAAAGUCUUUCGGCUCUGGCAGAUUUACCUGGACAACGUGAACCCCCUGUUGAAGGUGACGCACACACCCAGCCUUCAGGGGCGCAUCAUCGACGCCAUCAGCGACCUUUCGAGUAUCAGCCCACCGUUGGAGGCCCUCCUGUUCAGCAUUUACUGUACGGCUAUUCUGAGCUUGGACGAGGAGCAAUGCCAGACUCUGUUUGGGUCACCAAGGAAGGAUCUCCUGGGCGGCUACCAGUUCGCUUGCCAGCAAGCACUGCUCAACUCCAAUCUUUUGCAGUCGAGCGAUCAUGACUGUCUCGUGGCUUUCUUUCUUUAUCUGGUAUCUUUGAAGCCCGGCGUGGACCCUCGAUCGCUAUCCUCCAUGCUGGCCGUUGCCAUCCACAUGGCCCAACGUCUGGGCUACCACAAAGAGUCCACCAACGAAACCCGCCCCGUUCUCGAAGCCGAGAUGCGCCGACGGCUAUGGUGGGCCCUAGUGAUCUUCAACAGCCGCAUCUGCGAGACGUACAACUACCGGACCGGUAUCAUGGCCCCAACCUGGAACUGCCGCACGCCGCUCAACCUCAACAACUUCGAACUCCUCCCAGACAUGAAAACCACCCCCUCCGUGCACGACAAACCCACCGAAGCGCUAUUCAUCCUCGUCCGCGGCCAGCUCAGCAACAUCCUCCGCCACUGCGCCUUCCACCUCGACUUCACGGACCCCCAUCUCGCCGCCCUCACCGAAACCCAAGCACCUCACCCCAACGAACCCCCCCCACGAGGAGGAAAACAAAACGACCCCCUCCUCCCCAUGCACCAAACCCUCACCCGCGCACUCACCCCCUGCGCCCCACCAUCCCCCUGCACUAUCACACCCUCUGGACCGCGCGCGCUUUCGUCGCCCGCAGCCGCCUGCUCGAAUACUGCGCGCGGCGAGCUUCCACUGCUACUACCACUACUGCUGCGCAGACCUCGGACUCGCCCCAACCCAACCCCACACAGAACCCCGCACACCGAACAGGUCAGAGAGAGUGUAGUCCCCCACGCCCUCGCCAUGCUGCGCUGCGACACCUGCCUGAUGACCUCCCCGCUGACGCGAGGGUUCCGGUGGCAUGUGGUGUCGCACUUUCCGUUUUUGGCGUAUAUCGCGCUGGCGGGGGCUAUUGCAACGGCUGGUGGUGGUGGGGGUAGUACGGCGGUGGAAAGGGGGUGGGAAGAUGAAGUGUGGGGGGCGAUGAGCGAGAAUUAUGAGGCGAGGGGGAUGGAUGCGGAUUUUGGAGAGGGGCGGCAUGAGCCGGUGUUUGGGUUGUUUGCGGGGGUGGUGUUGAGGGCGUGGGAGGCGGUGGUGAAGCGCGGUGGGGGUGCGGGGAGGGAGGUGCCGCGGAUUGUGAGGGAUAUUCAGGGGAAGAUGGCGGUGAUGAAGGGAGAGGGGCGGUUGGAUCGCGGUGUUGGUGGUGGGAAGGGAUGUAUGCGGUCUGGAGCUGAGGGGGGGUUGGUGCCUGGGGUGAUGUCGUCGAUGGAGGUUGGGGAGGGGUUUGGCGGGCAGGCGUUCAUGGGAGCCAGUGGCGAUGGCUAUGUUAUUGACAUGAUCUCGGGGCAAGGCGGGUUCGGGUUUAUGGAGGUGGACCCGCUGUGGUCCACGGCGGAUUGGGGGCUGAUGUGA